UCGUUAAGUUUGUCCCUCUGCGGCCCCCGUCACUGCGGUAACGUGGAGCUGGAGGAUCACUGCAGGAGCUCCUCUGAUCUCCGUCUGUUCUCUGUGGGGUGGCAGUGAGAUGAUCAGGGGCUGAUGGAGAGCGUUCACCGCGGAGGUGUGCUGGCGGCCGAGGCGCUGCAGAGGAGCGCGGGAGGUUAUGAGGAGCUCUGGCUGCUCGCGUCGCAUCUCGGAGACCCUAAAGCCGCGGUGCUGCUGCUGUUCCCCGCGGUGUUUCACACUCACCGGCGCGCGGGCAUCGCGGUGCUGUGGGCUGCUGCGCUCUCAGAGUGGAUCAAUCUGGUUCUCAAAUGGAUCUUGUUUGGAGAGAGGCCUUACUGGUGGAUCGGAGAGUCUGGACUGUUUUCUGAAAACCCACCGAAAGUCCAGCAGUUCCCGUCGACCUGUGAGACCGGCCCAGGCAGUCCGUCGGGUCACGCUAUGGUCAGCGCUGCUGUCUGGUGGGUCAUCGUCUCUUCACUGGCCUCCUGCGUUCACAAGCGCACCGGCAGUAAGAUAUUAGCUGCAGUACCGUAUCUGUUGUAUGCCGUAUUUUUGGGAUGUGUAGGCCUUUCUCGAAUCUUCAUCUUGGCUCACUUCCCACAUCAAGUCAUUGCAGGUCUUCUGACAGGGGUGUUGCUGGGGGUGUUUCUGAAGUGGUCUGUGCCUGAACAUCGCCCUCUACUGUUCUUCUUUCGCUUUAGCUUGUCUUUGCUCUUUGGAGCUCUUCUAAUGCACGGAGCCCUGCAAAACUUUGGGGUUGAUCUCUCUUGGUCCAUCCCGCUGGCUAAGAGAUGGUGUUCUCGCUCCGAGUGGAUCCGUAUGGACACAGCGCCCUUCUCCUCUCUGAGCCGUGUCGCCGGGGUUCUGCUGGGUCUGGGACUCGCUCAGUACUGGAAGCCCGGAGGAUGGGCUCUUCCUUGGGUUCCCAGGACCCUCUGCCUGGCCCUCUCCUCCAUAGCCCUCCACUACAUCAACAGUUUCCCCGUGCCCACCGCUCCUCCUCUUCUCUUCUACUCGCUCUUCUUUCUCAAAUACAGCAUCGUGCCGCAGGUGGUCAUGGUGCUGGUGCCAGGAUUCGUGCAUCUCCUCACAGCCAAACCCAAGAGGGAGUAAGAGCCAGCAGCUUUUGGUGUUUGAGCCAGCCAUCAGUAAGUUCUUGACACAACAGCACCGUCAGCUUGAAAAUCAAUCAUGUAUAAAGUUCUGUUUGAAUACAAGCAGUUGCUUGCAGCUUUAAUGAAUGUUUUUGGAGUAAAAGGGAAAAGCAUCACUGCGUUGCAUAAACAGUUAGACUGUGCCAAAGAAAGUCUUUGGUGAAAAUGUUUCUUGUCGUUUUCUUGUCUUUGAUGAUUCUUUAAAAAAAAAGUUUCUUGUAGAACAAAAGGCUGUUCAACUGUACUGUAUUUCUUUUGUUCUUUUUUUAACUUUCAAGUUAUUGAAUUGUCUCUUGUUUUUAUAUAUAUAUAUAUUUGCUUGCAAUAAACUUGCUUAUAAGCAAAAAAUCUAUGUUCUGUCUGGGAAAAACUAGAUCUUUAUAUUUUCUGUGGAUGCCACAAAGUACUUCAUUUUCCAGUAUUUGCCAAUUAUGAUUAUAAUGUGUUUUAAGUGGUUGCUAGGGUGUUGCUAACUACCACAAACCAAAAAAGGUCCAAGUCCAUAGAUAUGGUUGGAGGAUUUAUAUCAUUAUCCUGGGAAAAAUUCUAUGUUUGAUUAGUUAGAAAUGUCAUUUUCUCAACAACCAGCAUGAUUUGAGGUAUCAUGUGUCUGUUUAAAGGAAUAGUUCAGCCAGAAAUGAACAUUUGCUGGACAUUUUCUCACACACAGAUGAUCUGAGAUCAGGAUGAGUGUGUUUCUUCAUCAGGUUUGGAGAAAUGUGUCUCUGCAUCAGUGUCUCAGCAAUGGAUGCUCUGCAGUGAAUGGGUGCCGUCAGAAUGAGAGUCCAAACAGCUGAUAAAAACAUCACAAUAAACCACAUUAAUUUUCACUUCUCAAGACGUUAAAUGAUGGUCUGGAGUGGUGUGGAUUACUUGUGGAUUGUUGUGAUGUUCUGACGGCACCCAUUCACUGCUGAGGAUCCAUUGGUGAAAGUGCAAACAAGUCUGAUGAAACAAACUCAUCUACAUCUGAAUAAACUGAGGGUGAGAAAACUGAGCAGAUUUUUAUUUUUGGGUGAACUAUUCCUCUUAAGAUGCUUGUUUUGAUGAAAUAAUUUGAUUAUUAGCACUUCUGUAACAUCUGUGUGUGAAGUACAGUAAAAUGCAAUAAAAGGAAUUUUACGAGCUUGA